AUGACUUCUACGAUCGGAAUCCCCAUCAAGCUUCUCAAUGAAGCUCAGGGCCAUAUCGUGACCCUAGAGAUUACCUCUGGCCAAACCUACCGUGGCAAGCUAAUAGAAGCCGAAGACAACAUGAACGUCCAGUUAAAAGACAUAACCGUUACCGCCCGCGACGGCCGCGUCAGCCAUCUCGACCAAGUCUACAUCCGAGGCUCUCACGUGCGCUUCUUCAUCGUACCAGACAUGCUGCGCAACGCCCCCAUGUUCAAGAGUAGGAAUGUGCGCGGUAGAGGUGUUGGUCUCGCGAGAGGUAGGGCUACGGUUAGCAGGGCGCGUGCGAGCGCGAGGGGUGGGAGGUGA